GGAUUUACAGGGUCUCUCCGGCUAUUCAAUGUUUCUAUCUCGAAUAUAUCAUGGUUGUCUGUCGUUCUUACAUUCGCAGCUUUUCAAGAUUCGAAAUAGGAUUCUUGGUACCUCUGUGAUUUAAACAUUUUGACCUGGCAAAAGGAAAAGAAGAGGGGAACGAUUCAACCUUUGUGGGUAAAACACGGUACUUUUAUUCGAUCUGGUUGACUUAUCUGCUUAUAUAUAGUGCGUAAGGAUACCAGAUUGCAUCAUUGAUCAUUGUUUUCCCCGAAGAAUGAGAUUUCUUCUUUGGUCUUCGUCCUAGUCAGUGGUUGCCUGGUUGGAAUUGGUUGUGAAGAACAAAUGCAGUUAAGAAGGUUUAUCAACAAUAGUGUUAGAGACUGGAAGAAAGCAAUGAUUGGAAAUUGCUUCGGUGCCUUGAAUUGGUGUAAACGUAAACGGAGGAAUUAUUCUGAUGAUCAGUCACGCGAACAAGUGAUGUCAACUAAAAAGUUUAGUUAUAAUUCCUUAAGAUCAGCAACAGGAGACUUUCAUCCAUCCAACAGAAUUGGUAGAGGAGGUUAUGGAGUUGUCUACAAGGGAGUUUUGCGGGAUGGAACUCAAGUUGCUAUCAAGUCUCUUUCUGUAGAGUCUAAGCAAGGAACAAGAGAAUUUAUGACAGAAAUUGAUACGAUAUCGAAUAUAAAACAUCCAAACCUUGUGCAGCUAGUUGGCUGCUGUAUAGAGGACAAUCAUCGCACAUUGGUCUAUGAAUUUCUGGAAAACAAUAGCCUUGCAAGCUCUUUGCUUGGUUCCAAAAGUAAAUAUGUAGCUCUAGAUUGGCAAAAAAGGGCUACUAUUUGCCGUGGUACAGCUUCUGCUCUUGCGUUUCUUCAUGACGAGGUUCAGCCAAAUAUUGUUCAUAGAGAUAUUAAGGCUAGCAACAUACUGCUUGACGAGAACUUCAAUCCCAAGAUAGGGGACUUUGGCCUAGCAAAACUUUUUCCCGACAAUGUCACCCAUCUGAGUACUCGAGUGGCUGGAACUGUGGGAUAUCUUGCACCAGAAUAUGCACUUCUUGGACAGCUUACAAAAAAAGCAGAUGUCUACAGUUUUGGCGUUCUCAUGCUCGAAGUAAUCAGUGGUAGAAGUAGCAGCAAAGCUGCAUUUGGAGAUAAGCUACUGGUUCUCGUGGAAUGGAUCUGGAAGCUGAAAGAAGAAAAUAGGCUUCUGGACGUUGUUGAUCCAGAACUAACUUCAUAUGAUGAGACUGAGGUCAUGCGUUUCAUUAAGGUUGCUCUAUUCUGUACCCAAGCAGCCGCUCAUCACAGACCGACCAUGAAGCAAGUUGUAGAAAUGCUCUCCAAGGAAGUUCACCUUAAUGAGAAGGCUUUGACGGAGCCUGGAGUUCAUACAUGGCAUCGAGCCUCCAGAAAUACUGUAAAUUUUUCGGAUGAGACAUCAAGUUCUCAAGCGAACAAGUCUAAAAGACCUGAAAAUUCACUCAUAACCUCUAGCCAGUUUGGUGAUUCUGAUACUGUGACAGAGAUGACUCCAAGAUGAAUCAUACAGUUCUUAGAAGUUUACUAUGACGUUCUGCUGCAGGAUUAUGACAGUCUUUUUAGAAGUUGAUAUGUGGCUGGUCAUGUAGAUUGUUGAUCAGAGACUAGCUCAAUUGAUUAUUUUCGUACUUACACGUGUAGUUACAUUGACCAGUUUUUCAUUGAUUUAUUCAAAGUGUCUGUCAGAGGAUUAGGAAAACAAGACAACUGUAAUUUUAAGAACACAAAUAGUGUUUUUAAUAAGAAGAUGUGAGGUGUCCAAUUACCAUAACCAUACUUCGGAUCUUUCCCAUAUCGUUGUGGAGUGAGAUUGCAGCAAUUAGUAGCACAUAAGGAUGCUCAAGCUUCCUCUGCCUUUAGAUUCUGCCCUUCUAUGUUUAUCUGAGCUGUUGUACUCUGUACUUGUUCUUUUUAAUGAAGCAGUCGUCGGCCUGUGAUAGUAAGAUCUUGAGAUGACAUCAAAUAUCAUGGCUGUAGGGUGCAAA